AUGGAAAUUCAAUCUUGUGAAAUCGGUAAAGUGCCAGUUAAAACUAUGUCUAAUCUACUUGAUCUUCUUCCUAUAGAAUUAAUACCAUUUAUUACAAAGUAUCUUCCGAUUCAGACCUUUAGAGCUCCAGUAAAAGAAUUCUAUACAAAAGUAGAUUAG